AUGAAGCUCUUCACAGUUGCCGCGCUCGCGCUCGUCGGCCCCGUCCAGGCGGGCCUACGCUUUGGAUGCUCCACGCUGACCACGCAGCGGCUCGACCCCAUCGUCGAGCCUGGCAUGGUUCCUUCGGCGCAUCUGCAUCACAUCGUUGGCGGCAACUCCUUCAAUGCCACCAUGGAGGGCGACGUUGGUGCCAGGGCCACCUGCACUACUUGCGAGAUGUCCGAGGACUUUUCCAACUACUGGACGGCCGUGCUGUACUUUAAGCACCCGACUAACGGCUCCUACCACCGGGUGCCGGUCAAGAACAACGCCGCCCUGGCCCAGGGAACGACGGGUGGCAUCACUGUCUACUACACUCAGUUCGAUUUCAACACGGAUGCCCUGGAGAGGCAGCCGAUCAAGGCCUUCCCUCCCGGCUUCCGUAUGACGGUUGGAAACCCCGGCCACGACGACGCUGCUGCUGCCAGGUCCGCCGUCGGUUUGCGUUACAACUGUCUCCAGACUCUGAUCAACAGAGGCCCCGAGCUGGCAGACUUCCCCGACAAGCCGUGCCCGGCCGGCAUCUUUGCCGUCCAUCACUUCCCAGCAUGCUGGGAUGGCAAGAACCUCGAUAGCGCCGACCACCAAUCCCACAUGUACAACACCAUGGACCGCGGCGGAUUCACCAAUGCUCCGCCUUGCCCGGCGUCCCACCCCGUGCGCGUGCCUCAGGUCACCUACGAGACCGUUUGGGAUACCACGCAGUUCAACAGCAUGUGGCCCGCCGGCACCCCCAACCCGUUCGUUUGGAGUUUCACCGGCAGCGCCUACGGCACCCAUGCCGAUUACCUCUUCGGCUGGAAGGGCGAUUCGCUCCAGCGCGCCAUGGAUACUCCCGAGUGCUUCUACGACGGAUGCGGCUCCAUCACCAAGCAGGCCAUGUCCGCUGCGAACCAGUGCAAGGUUGAAAACUUUGUGGACGAGGAAACUGACGGAUGGCUCACUUCGCGUCCCGGCCAGGCCGAGUAG